AUGAAUCAACAUUCGCCCACAUCAUCGUCGGGGCCUGAGGACGCUGCCGAAAAUACGGCCGAUGAAGAAGAUUCCGAAGACUACUGCAAGGGUGGGUAUCACCCUGUGCAGAUCGGUGAGAAGUUCAAAGAUGGCAAAUACACGGUUGUGCGCAAGUUGGGCUGGGGCCACUUUUCGACAGUCUGGCUUUCACGAGACAACACCAACAACAAGCAUGUCGCCUUGAAGGUUGUGCGAUCCGCCAGCCAUUAUACCGAAACCGCCAUCGACGAAAUCAAGCUCCUCAAAAAGAUUGUCGAGGCGAACCCAAAUCAUCCGGGACGGAAAUAUGUUGUUAGUCUGCUGGAUUCAUUCGACCAUAAAGGACCCAACGGCGUGCAUGUCUGUAUGGUGUUCGAAGUGCUAGGGGAGAAUCUUCUUGGUCUCAUCAAGAAAUGGCACCACCGGGGUAUUCCACGAGAAUUGGUCAUGCAAAUUGCGAAGCAGGUGUUGAUGGGCCUGGAUUAUAUGCACAGAGAAUGUGGUAUCAUUCACACCGAUUUGAAGCCUGAAAACGUCCUCAUUGAGAUUGGCGAUGUGGAACAGGUUGUCAAAAAGGUUGUCAAGACCGAAUCUGAUACAGAAAAGGAGAACCACAGAAACGGCCGCAGACGCAGAAGGACGCUUAUCACGGGCAGUCAGCCUCUGCCUUCCCCUCUCAACGCCACGUUCAACCGUGACAACCUAUUCCCCUCGCCAAAGUCGCAUACGAGCUUGAACGCUAUGAUGCAAGACACAACUCCAGGUGCUAAGAGUCCAAAUGACGAUUCCAGGGAAAAGACUGCGGACAUUCUUACUAAAGAGGUUUCCGGUAUCUCUCUUGAUAAACCAGGCUCAGGUUCAGGUUCAGCCUCACCUGGCGACAAGAAGAAAAAGAAACGAAAGGGACCUAUUAUCAACGUGAAAAUCGCUGACUUGGGCAACGCCUGUUGGGUUUCACACCAUUUCACAAAUGAUAUCCAGACCAGGCAAUACCGGUCGCCUGAGGUCAUUCUUGGUGGGAAAUGGGGUGCAAGCACAGAUGUGUGGAGCAUGGCUGCUAUGGUCUUUGAACUCAUUACUGGCGAUUACUUAUUUGAUCCUCAAUCUGGUACCAAGUAUGGGAAGGACGAUGAUCAUAUCGCCCAAAUUAUUGAGUUGCUCGGCCCCUUUCCGAAGGAACUCUGGAAGAAUGGCCGCUGGUCGCAGGAGAUCUUCAACAAACGAGGCGAGCUGCGAAACAUUCAUCGAUUACGCCAUUGGGCACUGUCGGACGUACUGAGAGAGAAGUAUCACUUCAAGGAUAGCAAAGACUUGACUCCGAAAGAGCGUGAGGAGAAGGAGCGCAAAGCCAAAGAGAAGAAAUCAGACGAUGAGGAUGAGGAGGCACUAGAAUACCAUCCGACCGAGGUGGCAAGUUUCCUGACCCCGAUGCUGGAGCUGUUGCCAGAAAAGAGAGCAAAUGCUGGUGGCAUGGCGAAUCACCCAUGGCUAGACGAUACACCUGGCAUGGAGAAUGUCAAACUCGAGGGUCUAGUCCCCGGUGUCCGUGGCGAGGGCAUAGAAGGUUGGGCGAUGGAGGUGAAGAAGCGAUAG